GCUCCUUUGUGACAAUUGACAGAAGUGAUUGAGGUGGAGGCAGCCUGCCUGAGACAGAAAAACAAGCGAGGAUAGGUCGACUCUUUAUGGCCCGUCCACGUUUAAAAAGACAUUUGUAAACGCCUGAAUGUGGAUGUGGAUUUAAAACAUUUUAUUUGUUGGACCUGCUCAGCUCGUGCGCUCCGAGGGUUUCUGUUUGUGAGUGUCGCCUCUCGCACAUUCUCAGUGGAGUGAACACUAAGGGGGACUCCAUGAAAGAUGACAGAGGAGGUAAUUGUUGUAGCCAAGUGGGACUACACGGCCCAACAGGACCAGGAACUUGACAUCCGGAAAAACGAGCGGCUCUACCUCCUCGACGACUCCAAGACCUGGUGGAGAGUCCGGAAUGCAGCCAACCAGACGGGCUAUGUCCCCUCCAACUACGUGGAGCGCAAGAACAGCCUGAAGAAGGGGUCGCUGGUCAAGAACAUCAAGGACACGUUUGGUUUGGGGAAAACAAAAAGGAAGACCAGCGCUAGAGACACUUCCCCAACACCGAGCUCUGAUACAGAAUAUCCCUCAAAUGGCAGUGGAGGAGGAGGUGGAGCCGCAGAGAGGAUCUAUGAUCUCAACAUCCCUGCUAUAGUCAAGUUUGCCUACACCGCAGAGCGUGAUGAUGAGCUGACCCUGGUCAAGGGCUCCCGUGUGGUGGUGAUGGAGAAGUGCAGUGAUGGCUGGUGGAGGGGCAGCCAGGGUGGCCGUGUGGGCUGGUUUCCCUCCAACUAUGUUCAAGAAGAAUCAGGGGGAGCUGAGGAUGGAGGCGAGGGGGACACCUCUCGGGGCUACGUCAGCUCUCAAGGGACGUUACUGGCCAACGGGCGAGCAGGAGGCCGUGUCCUGCACCUAGUCCAAACACUUUACCCCUUCAGCUCAGUGACGGAAGAGGAGCUGAACUUUGAGAAAGGAGAGGUGAUGGAGGUGGUGGAGAAGCCUGAGAAUGACCCUGAGUGGUGGAGGUGUAAGAACUCGCGGGGGCUGGUGGGGCUGGUGCCUAAGAACUAUGUGAUGGUGCUGGAGGAGCGACCAGCACUCUCCUCCUCCACCUCGGGCUCCCCCAACCGCCACAUAGCCCCGGCACGUGCCGGGAAGUUUGCUGGGAGGGACUGGUACUAUGGGGCUGUCACCAGGCACCAGGCGGAGUGCAUCCUCAACGAGAGGGGGGAGGAGGGCGACUUCCUCAUACGGGACAGUGAGUCAUCGCCUAGUGAUUUCUCCAUCUCCCUGAAGUCAGCUGGCAAGAAUAAGCACUUCAAAGUGCAGCAGUCUGAAGGGGUGUAUUGUAUUGGCCAGCGCAGGUUCAACUCUAUGGACGAACUUGUAGAGCAUUACAAGAAAGCCCCCAUUUUCACCAGUGAACAUGGGGAGAAGCUGUACCUGGUGAAAGCGCUGCUGUGAUAAACCCCUCCUUUGUCUACACUGGAUCUGACACAAUUCUUAAGUCACUCCCGUCUUAACAAGCCUUAGCCUCGGACCCUGCGUCAAUGAAGGGGAGCGUCUCCUCGCCAAGGUUUUGUUUUUCACACGCAAAUUGUAUCUAGUGCCCUCCAGUGGAGACUCACAGAAUUUUUGCUUGGCCCAUAAAGCCCCUGGAAAUCAACCACUGUGUGAACUUGCAGCCACAUCCCUGCACUAAUUUGCCUCUUUUGUUUUGGGGCGGUGAAUAGAUCCACUACAAUAGAUGUCUCCAGGGCCUUUUGGGGGGUGGAGCUUUCAUGAUGUCAUACAUAAUGUCCAUUUAUGACAGCGCACAUUUAAGUUACACCAUUGCUCUUAAUCCACACAGCAGGACAGGGACAGUUUAAGAGGACAUAUACCCUCUUGUGGACCUUACUCUGAUGUCUCUUGCCCUGUUUCAGCCAUGUUUUACUUUCUUUUGUUUUUAAAAGACACUAAAAUACCCUUUUCUGAACUGUAGAUUUUUGAGAUCUCUAUAGAGUGAAUAAUCACAAAUGAUUUCACAAAGUGACCAGUUACUCUUGCCUUUACCUUUUUUUUUUCCAUUGAUCCUCUACAUGAGAUCUCUACUUUUAUGCCAUCAAAGCCGUCUUGUCUACCUGUUCACAAUCUAGUAUUGUGAGUUUCCCUGUUCUAUUUGGAGAACUGUUGCAAUAGAGGAGAUAUUAGUAGAGUUUGAAUGUUUCAGUGUAACCAAAUGUGCCACCCUCUACCCAUACUACUGGAUUCAGGUCUGCACUGCACCCACUAAACUUUCAUUCAUUUAUUUUCAUGCUCUUUACAAUGGAUCACAAUCUGUACGUCCCAGUAUAUGUGUGUGAACACACCAGGACUGAAGAAUAAUUAAAACACACGUACAUUAUAGUCCCUACAAAUACAGGACAUGAUGAUUCAGACACUAAAAUAGAACGUUAAAAAUGAAAUAUUUCCUCUAUUUUUCGUUGCCCAAACAAAAAUCUGGAUGCUGAACAAUUAUUUAUUAUGGCAAGCUGGCUUUCACUGUUAAUAACCAAAUACACUGUCACAUGGAUUGUAGUAAUAAAAAACCUACCAAACAUCCGAUUCUGUUAGUACAUGUGUUUACCAAUGGAAGUGUUGAUGGUGGUCUCAGCUUUUAUGUAUCUGAAUGUUAUUGAGCAUUGUUAUUUAAUUCUUGUCUCCACUGUAUGUAUAUAAUCAAAGGUGCAUAUAUGAGAUGAUGAGAUCCAACAAUGGUACUGUAUCACCGACAAUGAUGAGAAUUUAAAUACAUUUGUUCAAUAAAAUUUUGGAAGAAUA